CUAUCGCGCUGUCUUUGCAUGUGUACACGGGGGGUUGUUUGCAAUUGGCCGAUACUUCCGCCGUAGUACUUGUGGCUGUGCCCGAUGAGGUCAUCUCGGGACACUUUUGAAUCUUCCGCUUAUCCGUCAUCCGAACAUUAGAGCAUCUAUACCUGCCCGCAGUUAUGUCUUUUUCUAUUAUUCUCGGAUAUUUUAACCAACCUCGACACUUUCGUCCAUACUUAAUCACUUUAAUAUGAUCUGCAACUUCAUCAGGAAGGUCGUUAGCCCAUUAUUCAAGUUGGGUUGCUCAGAAGAGCUGCAAAAGGCUAAAAUCGGGUCUGGUGUUCAUGGCGAUCACCAUAGUCGUCGGUUCGAGGUGCCCCCUCCUACCUCACCUGCACCAUCAUAUCACUUAUCCGAUAAUGAUAUUCGUCUUUCCUCGACGAUGGACCAACACGCUUCUGUUUGUUGCGGACAAAUGCUCUCUCGUUUUGGAAGGGCUACCCUAGAAGAUAUCCCAGAGGAGGUACGCUGCCAUAUCCUCAGCUUUCUUUCAUGUAAUGAAAUUAUCCGCUGCGCAUUGACUUGCCAAACAAUGUACACUACAGUCAAAUCCUCUAUCGAGCUCCAAUAUACCAUCGAACUCGGUGCCCAAAAGUUAAUUCAGGUUCAUCCGCGGCCACCUACUGUUUCUACAGCAGAGUGCUUGUGCAUCCUCAGAGACAAGGCAAACGCAUGGAAUUCUUUCGAGAUCAAUACCACGAAAACGCUUUGCUCCACGAGGUUGUUCGAAUCCAACUCCGUUGCCCAUCAACAACUUAUUUGUUCUGAUUCAACCAUCGUUGAGGAUGCUUCGUCCGACACCGUGGAUAUUCAGACCUACACGACAUGUAUAGCUCAAGUUGGGGUGAAUCGUCUGAAUCCAGGUCUUCGCACAUUCAGGUACAUAGAUGACAUGCAAGACCUUGAGAUUACUAUCAAAUUUCCAAUCGACGUCGACGUCGACACGUACGAACUCAAGUACCAAAUACUCUUCCACACGCUAUCCACGGGGGAGGAACAUCCUUUGUCCCAUGGAUCCCGUGUAAUCACUGGUGGAGCUGCUUGCAGUGAAGCCUUGGAAAUCCAACUUAUUGUCUCUGUCCACGGAGAUCGCCUCGCAGUCUAUAUUGCUGAGCUCGACGAAAAUUGCGAUUCAUACUGGUCACUUCAUGUGUGGAGUUGGCAUCAGGGUGCUCAAGCUGAUGAUGUAUGUGUGGUUGGUAAAGGCAACGAGUUGUCCGACGUCAAUUUUUUCACCAAGGAGAAAGUUUUAGCUCUCUCAUCAGAUGGUCACAUAGAGCUUUACGAUGUCGAGGACCUGUCAAAAGCACCGCAGCUUCAGGCAAGAUUUAUCCUGCCUGUUCAUACAGAGUUGGGCGUCUUCCAUCAUCCGUCGGUUUUUCAUAGUGCUGCGAGUUGUGCACACCUCGCGAUCCCAGAUGACAAUUGGAUAUGGACGACAAACCCUGCAGACCGAGUCAUAUCAGUGGUGUGGGCUUUUCCUUCGUCAGUUUUUGUGAUAUCCGCUCGCAUCUUUUUCAUGGAUAUCCAUCCGACAUGGUUUGAUGCAACAUCAAAAGACGGUCGAUCAAUUCCAUGGUCAUCAUGGGGUCCACAGAAUUCUCGGUACUUCCCUGAAGAGAUGCUCGGCAGGGAAGGCCUGCGCUCACUUGGAAUGGGAGGAUCUCGUGUUAUAUGGGCAGUUCCCGUCGCAGGCAAUGAUUCGUUCUCCCAGUUCCAUGUGGCCGACUUCAAUCCCUCCGCUGUGGCGCGUGGCAUGGGCAACGUAGUCCGCGAACCUACGAUAUCAACAGGUCUCAAGCCGGACAUCCAGGUAACAACAUACCUUCCUUUUGUGGAGGUGGUCCGCAAGUGCGUUAUCCAUGGUUCCCUUUGGGAUAUCGUACUAGAUGAGGAGGGGAUGGUGGUUCUCACUCGGCCGGAAAUCGAGUCUGAGUGGAAAAUGCAGGCCAACUUUUUUGACAUGUAGUCUUAUAUCUCAGUGGAAUUGUAAAGCCUCUACGCAGAUCUUAGGGAGUGUUAUCCAAGCCUUCCUGGAUAUACUAUUAAACUUUAACGUCUGCA